AUGUCCACGAAGGCCUUCGAAGACCGCAAGCCCGACACAUUCUUUCGUCGCUCCCUGGGGGUCCUCGCCCUAGUGGCGGUGCUCUCGUUUGUCGUCUUCGUUCUGAGACCCCUGCGGUCCAUCAAAGGCCCGUUCUCCUUCGGCCCGAACGAGGCUUCGGCCAUCGGCUCCUCCGUGGAGGCAGGCGCCUUCCGCUACCGCUGCGACCAGGCGUCGGAGGACGCGCGCGAGGCCAUCGACUACUACGCCGACCCGUGCGAGGACUUCCACGCGUACGCCUGCCACCCGACUCGAGGCAGGGACCGGGGACAGGUCGAGGAAGAAAGAAAGACGCUGCAGCGCGUGCUGCUCGAGCUGUCCUCACGGAACGACAGAGAGCACGUGGCUACGCAAGCGGCCAUGCUCUUGAAGUCGUGCCUCGGGACGCCUCUCUCACUGGAGGUCCUGCUUCAGAAGAACAUGCUGGAAUUCCUGAAUAUCACUAACUUGACCAUGGAAUACACGUUUGUACACGCCGUUUUGAAAGGCGUGACGCAGCUUCUCGAGACGCCCAAUGACGUGCGCUCUAAGGCUAUCGACAAACUCGUGGGCGCCGACAGGGAGCUAGCGGCAGCUUUGACCGAGGUCGACACAUUUCACGUGACGAUAGAAGGCCUCGCGAGCACCACUGAAGGAGAUAUCGUCACAUCGGCCUGGCAAAAGAUCAUCGAGGCUUACAGUUUUCGCAGUGCGAACGUGUCAAGGUCAGCAGUAACUGUCAGGGUGGAAAUUCUGAAGAGAAUCUUCACCAUCCUCUUCGACAAACUGAACCCGCGUGAGGCAGCCAUCUACUCGAUGGCCCACGUGCUGCUUCCAAGUGAGCUGCUCGAAGUUCUGCUUGACGACAACCGCAAUGACGCCUGCUUCCGGCUAAUCGCAGACACCCUCGGCACGAGUUGGCAGUACCUCGAGUCUUAUCUGUUGGGCUUUUUCGACGAGAACCAUGAGGAGCAGUCCGUGGCCGACUCGCUCCUGUCUACACUUGAAAAGAUGCUUCGAGAAAACUACGCACCAGACAAAGAGAAAAGUGGAGCUGCUAUUGCCAAACUGAAGCAACUCAGAUUCGACGUGCUUUCAAUGGAGGGUCUGGCGAGCAACCUGCAGGACACGGCGUGUCGGGGCAACCUGAGCGAUCGCAGUCUUUACAGGAACGUCCUGCUAUGUCGAGGCUCUAGCCACAACGUAAGGACUGCAAAGAACGACGCAACACGCCGACGAGAAAGGUCUAGCCUUUCCACAACUACCAUUCUGCUCCCCGUCGAAUCCUUCAGGCCUUCCUCUUUCUGUCACGGACACGACAACCCGCUAAACUACGCCACCUUCGGAACGGACCUCGCUGCUACGCUUCUACGCUACGUAUCAGAACCGCUAGGCGGCGCUGCUUCGCCAACCUCAGAGGCGGGAAGGAGAGAAACCCUCAUCCCCGCCUUAACCACUAACAUCUCGGCGUGCCUCGCGAAAACGUCGACACGCCGGCCCCUCGGCAAAGUGCUGGAAGACAUAGCUUCGCAGACAGUCGCCUUCCAGGUGGCGCUGCAAGCCAGCAAAUCUCACGCGAGCGUCUGGACUCGCCUCGAGAAUGCAGCCGACGCACCGGCCUGGAAGCAGACGUACUUCGUCAAGUACUGCCAGAGACUGUGCAGCAAGGGCGCGUCUCACUCGUUCACCGCCGCGUUAGACGCGGUGCUCGUGUGCAACUUGGUCGUCAUGAACACUCCCGAGUUCGCACAGCUGUUCACAUGCGAGCACGGGGACCCGAUGGGCGGCACAUUCCAAGUGGCACAUAUCCCGGUGCCCAAGGUGGCGUCAAAGACGUUCAUUAAAGAGCAGCACAGGCUGAGUGACACAUUCCCAUUGCUCCAACAGGACGUGAAAGGUGUACUCCUGUUUGGAAUAUUCGUCACCAACGACCUCGUUGAGUUUGAAAUCCAGGACUACACCCUGGGCAGAAUUUUGGACCGUUUGCCAAGACUCCUGGCUAGCAAGCAUCGACUGUCGUACACGUCCGUAGCAGACGUCGUAGGGCUGACCUUUCGCAAGAUGAACGAAGGCAUCGGCGUCGAUUCGACAUUUGGCAGCUCGGUCGAGUCGAACCUGAAUGCCAUUUUGAGAAUGUCCCAGCGUGACCAGUAUGUGCUGUGCUUGCACCACAUCUGUCGUUUCUACGAGCCAUUUGCACAGAGGUUUACCGAAACAAUGAUGCUACAGCUGCCGCGAGCUCUGGCCAGCUUCAAGGUUGCCAUCAUGGAGGUCAUCUCCAUGGCCUGCACCCAGGUGGACCAACCUGUCCGGAAAUUGGAGGGACUCGGUUUCAUAGACAUGCUCGCUCAUGGUGAUGAAGCACUGCAGAAAGUGUCGCUCGAGAUCUGCGCCAAGCUUCCGACAGUCGCCACCGAAGACGACUGGCACGUGCUGCUCCCCGUUGUCUGCAAGCUGCAAAGUCACGCCAGCACCUCCUGCAGGAAGCUGGUGUACGACGUCUGCAUGCGCCUGUACACAAAGUACAGGUCCGAUAACGAUGCGGCGAAUUUGAUGAAACAGGCAAGGCGUGUGCUGCUGCUGGGCCUAGGCGACGCAGAUUUGCCAUUAAGGCUGUCGGUAGCAAACUUUUGGUGCCAAGAAACACAGCUGCCCCGUGCCACCAUAGAGCGCCUCAUCGCCUUACUCGUUGACAUGUACCUGCCUGAAAUGGAAGAGCAGUUUCUGUCAUCGGCCACGUUUCUGCUGCUGGAGCUGACAUCGCGCAGUCCCGACUACGAUCGCAAGGUCUUCCAGCAUCCCCUGUCAGAUUGCACUUUCGUGGACUAUACAGUGACGGGGUCCUGGCGAAGGCGCCACGCAGCAAUGACGCCCCUGUUUGCGGAGACCCUGUCAUUUAGUCAGACGCAGUCGUCGACCACGUCAACACAGUCCUCCACUGCAGAUGGCUCCACUUCACAAAAGCUGAGGGCCACGCAGGCGACACUGCAAUUCACGCCGACGCAGCAGGCAGGGGAGGCCAACACUUACAGUUGGCUUACGCAAAGUACUCACGAGCCCAGCCUACCUGCGCAGCAGAAGCAGCAGCGGUCCAUAACAAUCUUGCAGCUCUCUCCUGGCAGACCGGACCCUAACGGCAAGCACGGGGCCACUGCUACUGAGCGAGUUGACAGCCUGCGGCUGCUAAAGAGGAGGUUCUUGCGAGACGACGAUCAGCUCCGUCUUCAGCACAUGCGCAGGGAAGUUCGCCUUAAGGAAACACGCAAGAAACUUAAAGAAGAAAGGCAUGUUCGUCGUGAAGCGGAGGUGACCCUCUACCGGAGCUACCGCAUGGGUGACUUCCCAGACAUUCAGAUCUCGCACUCGGCCUUGAUAGCGCCCAUGCAAGCUUUGGCCCAGCAAGACCAGCAAGUUGCACAGAUGUUGCUCUCUGGGGUCGUCACAUCCGUGUUGCAUGAAUCGAGGCGAGAUGGGGCAUCGCUUUUCAAGCAGCGGGAGGAACUGUGCCAAGGACUGCAGAGGGCACUGGCUGGCAUCCUGGAAGGAAGCAUGCGGUGCUUCCCUCCACUUGUGGCUUUCGUGCAGGAAGUAGCAUUUCAGAGUGCAUUGGAUCUGAAGCUUCCAGUGGCUGCAGUCUCUAGAGCGUCUAUAGCCAGUGGCCACCAAAGCCUUGGAAUUCUUCUCUUGGAAGAAAUGAACCGUGCCAACAGCAUGUCAGCAUCGACCAAGGCACCACCGGCCAAACGAUCAAAGAAAGAGGAUCAUCCGGAACAGCAAAUGUGGAUGCAGCUAGCAGAGUUGUACAAGUCCCUCGGAGACUACGAUGCUGUACGUGCCUCCCUGGCUCUUUGCGAAGACGUCGGGCCAGAGGCAAAGAAGGCUCUGGAGAAAGAAGCUCAGGGAGACUUCCAGCAGGCCAGGGACAUCUAUCGACAGCUUGCAGAAAACAGACCUCCUGGCGCAGACGGCUUCACUUGGGAUGACGCCAUACUUCAGUGCUGCUGCCUUCUGGGCGAGUGGGGAGAACUGCAGAGCGAAAUCGAUGCAAGGCUCGAACAAAGCAACGCCUCAAAAUGGGACAGCCUCUGGGACGGAGGAUAUCGUCAGGAGCAUUACUUGCCACUGUAUGUAAAAGCCCGUGUCAAGAGCAUUCUCGGUGAAGACGGUGAUCAGCGAGACUUCCUGCGUGUUAUCCGGGAGUGGAUGGAGGAUUCCAGCAGGAAUCGCUUCCUGGAGGAAGAAUGUUGCCAGGAACUUGCUCUUUUAAGCCUGUCACAAAAGGACACUGGUCGUGCCGACUACUAUGUCAAGUGCCUCACAGAACAGUUUUUAGAGGAUUGGAGUAGCCUGAGCGUUCUGACGCCGACUCUCAUCGAAGGCAAGCUCGAGUGCCUACUCCCGCUGACAGACCUUGCACUGUACUUGAAGCACAGCAAACGUCACGAUGCAGACGAUCUGUUGUCAUGCUGGCGGUCUCGGCUUCCCAGCAACGCAGACUCCGUCCUCCUCUGGAACGAGAUUAUCACCAACAGGUGCUUCCUCAUGAAAUCACUCGGAAAACCCAUCCCCAAGGAGAAGGCACAGCUCCUGAAUGCCUUUGCCAAUGCCAUGUUACAGCAGGAGAAUGUGCCGACUGCACUCAGGUCCGUCGUCGAAAUUGAACAGAUGCGGCUUUCUGGGCAGCUUGGCGACUGGGCAGACUGGCAUUACGUGGAAACAUACUGUACGAUGCUCAGGAGGGCCUCGGAGAACGAGCCCCUGCCCAAGCAGGUUGCUGCUUACAUGCGGAUGCUUGAAAAAGUCGAUGCAGCUGCUGAAGGUACAGUGGUCGACAUUGUGCACAGUGUGAAAUACAAGAUGCUGAGGGGACAGCUGAUGUCUGGACUGUCGUCAGUCCUGAGGGCUGGCGGACAGAUGACUGAGGACCAGAAGGCAACGCUGAAACUUUCCAACGAUAAGCAGGCUGUCACGGCGCAGUCAAUAUGUGACGAAGCACUCCAUCAGCACCUCGCCGCCACUGCCGUGGAAGAGGCAUCGCCGGAGCUGAAAGCUGAUGCUCACCUGUGCCUGGCAGUUUUCUGCAGCGGCAUCUUGCAGGCAGAACAAAGUGGCGAGCCAAGUCUGAGACGGCGCGACGAGUGCCCACAAAUCCUGGUGGACGCUGUGCUGACCGCCAUGCGACUGGGUCACAGCCAAGCGCCCGACAUGUUUCCCCAACUCCUGCAGUUACUGCAAAAUCAUCCGUCCUGCGGAAAGGCCUUCAUUGCACAGUGCUCCAAGGUGCCCUGCUGGAUGUUCCUGCGUUGGAUCAAUCAGAUUCUUGCCCUCCUCGACAAGCAAGUGGGACCGUUCCUCUUUGACAUCGUUGACAGCGUGGCUCAUCACUACCCCAAUGCCUUAAUCUACCCUUUCCGUGUAAGCUCCAGUGCUUACACGUUCGAGUGCCCAAAGACAAAGAAAGCCUGUCAGAACUUCGUAGGCCGCCUGCAACAGGCCAUGGACAAGGUUCCACUUGUUAAUGAGUUCAUCAAGGCUUUGGAACUGCUUCAGUUCCCGGAUAUUGCAUUCAAGGACUGGUACGAGUCUGUGAAGGACGCCCUGAAUGAAAAGCAAGGCCCAGCAUCAAUCAAGGAGCUGUUCAAGAAAAUUGUCUCGCAGCUUUUGGUGUGCAGCCGUGAUUCCUCAAGUCGUUCCUCAUGGAGUCGUGUCUAUCAGCGCUUUUCUGAGAAAAUGAGAGAAAAAGUGAUAGACGCUUUUGGUGCCCAAGGUGAAAAGCUUGCUUCUAUGACACCAAAGAAAUUUCAAGAGCAGUACAACAAGAUCAUGAGUGGCUACAAGGCCGGCGAACCUCCAAAAGCACUAAAGGACAUCUCCCCUUGGCUCAGCCAUUUCAGCUCCCUGAACCAGGAGCACAGUUUGGAAAUUCCAGGCCAGUACACGGGCAAGGGGAGACCAAUGCCAGAGUACCAUGUCAAGAUCUUCGGAUUCGACGAAAGUAUCAGAGUGCUGCAGUCCAAGCAGCGGCCCUGCCGCAUCACCAUUCGCGGGGACGACGAGAAGGAGUACCGGUUCCUGGUGAAGACCGGCGAGGACCUGCGUCAGGACGACCGCAUCGAACAGAUCUUCAAGGUCAUGAACGACCUGCUCCAGAAGGACCCCGUGUGCCGUAGCAAGCACCUGCAGCUGGUGACUUACAGCGUGGUCCCACUGACACACAGGGUCGGACUAAUCCAGUGGCUGGAUGACACGAUGGUGCUAGAAGAGUUCCUCAGGCAAGGCCUGACAACUGAAGAACUGGAAGACAUAAACAGAGUUCCGAGCAGCUACAAGCUCCACGGUGUCGACGAUUACAUGAAGGCUUACGAAACUCAGUCCUGUCAGAAGGCAGCCAUGUCCCGCUACCAUGGCUGCCUGCGACCGGCCAGCAAGCAGUCUCUGCGGAAGGCCCUGCUCGGCCUCAGUUCGUGCCCGGAAGCCUUCUUCGCUCUGCGCUCCCGUUUCAUCUGUUCCCACGCAACAAUCAGCAUUGCUCAGUGGGUGCUGGGCAUCGGUGACCGCCAUCUUGGCAACUUUCUGGUUGGCACCAAAACAGGGCUCGAGAUUGGCAUCGACUUUGGCUACGCCUUUGGUGUUGCCACACAGUUUUUGCCCGUGCCGGAGCUGAUGCCGUUCCGGCUCACUGCCAUGUACACGGCCCUGGUUGAACCCUUCGACAAGGGGGGCACCAUGGCCUGCGCAAUGCACUACACCCUGCAGGCCUUGCGCAGCGGCUCCCGGUCGCUGCUCGACAUGAUGGAUGUCUUCGUGCAAGAGCCGACCAUUGACUGGCUGAGGUUUGCAAAGAGGCAGAGUCAGCUGGACAAAGAACAAAAAGGGGAGAAGAGUGGCAAGUCUACUGCUGCACUUGACUGGUAUCCACGACAGAAGGUGGACAUUGUUCGCCAAAAGCUGGAAGGACGCCAUCCGAGCUACAUCCUGCGUGAUGAAUUGAAACUCGGCAAGGGUAAACACUCAAACUUUGGGAACAUGGAGCGCAUCUGCCUCGGUGCCGACGGCCCCCAUGGGGCGAUCAGGCGCCAGUUUUCUGGCACGGACAAGCUCACGUCUCAGCAGCAGGUGGAAUGUCUCAUAGAACAAGCAACUGACCCAGCAAUCCUAGGAUUGACCUGGAAGGGCUGGCAGCCAUGGCGAUAAAAGUUUAAAUUUGUUAAAUUGAUUGUUUGUUAUAUAACACUUUAAUUGUCUGCAUAUGUCAUCACAUUAUGUCAAGAGUUCUCAUUGCAACAAUACACUUAUGUACAAACCGAGAAGACACAUUCAUGUCAUGCCUGUGUGGCCUUUUUGUUUGUGUUUGCCAAUACAAAUAAAAAACUGAAGAUGCUGAUGUGCUGAUUGUCAAAUGACAAUACCGUUCACACAUUGAAAGCAGCAAUUAGUGCCUUCGCAGUCCACAAGUUUCGGCUGGAACAAAUUUUUCUACCAAUUUUGAGACUUGCAACAAACCACAGCUCUAAAUCAUGCACUGCAUUAUCCGCAACACUUUUAUUUUUAAAUAUGGCAAUGUGUUUAGCCUUUCACUGCCAACUACAGUUUGUAGUUGCACGUCUGCCCAUUUACUGCUUGGCACGACUCUCUCGCCAAAAUGUUCUUCUGUAGUUAAGUGACAAAAAGGCUGGUAUACAAGUGCGGUGGCAAAACUGCCACAAAAAGCCCAGUCUGGGGUUCCUCACAAUUUUCUCACUGACAUUGACGCAAUUGCACCAUCGCCACAGCCUCCAGUUCCUCACAGACAACUUCAGAAACUAAUGAAU